AUGCAAGUAAGCUCACCAAUGUCAUUCGUCUAUGACGAGAUGCCCACAAAGGAAGAGGAAUCCAAGAAGAAGAGGAUAAGACAAAUGCAGAAUAGACAAUCAGCAGCACAAUAUAGAGAGAGGAAGAAGGAUUAUUUGGAGAAGUUGGAGGUUGUGGUUGAGAAGUUGGAGGGAGAGAAGUCAAUGUUGAUAGCAAAUACAGAGUCAUUGGUGUCAUCACAGAAUGAGGUCAAUCUAAAGAUAUCUAUAUUGGAGGAGAAGAUUGAUCUGUUGGUGAAACGCAACAGGGAGUUAAAGUUCACGUUGGCACACUUGGCAAAGACAGCCGACAUUGCCAUCGAGAGCGAGUUGCUACAGGACCCAAUUGGUCAACAUGAGAGAAAGCCCUACCCGACCACGCCAUCACCCUCGAUCACAGUGACGCCCAACUCCCCAAUGUCAUCGUCCUCGUCAACGCCCACACAUCAUCACCAUCUUCAUCAUCAUCAACAACUACAACAACAACAUCAGUCGGGAGUCAACACACCGGUCAAGAUGUCCACAUUCAAUCUCGAAGGCAACAGGAGUAUAUUGAACAAUGACGAGGUGUCAGAGUUGGGCUCAAGCAUUGGGUCACCAUCGUCGUCGGCUUCGUCGCCCGUGCGCGAUCUGACCAGCAGCGGCGGUGGCCGCUCCCUCUCGGACAGCAACGAGCGAUACAUUGACAAGUUCAGCAGCAUCUCAAUUUCAAGUCUAAGCAGCAGUGGCGAGCGCGAACAUGGUGGCGGCAGUGGCAACAACAGUGUCAACAGCAGUAUAGAUUUGGCCAACUUCCACGUCGUCAACCCAAGAGUCAGUGGCAGCAAUAGUACGGGUGGCGGUAGCAGUGGCAGUGGCGGAGGCCUGAGCAGCAGUAAUGGCAACAACACCACAUCCUCCAAUUAUAAACAUCAUCAACAUAAACGAAGCAGAGACUUUACCAUGGACACCACAUCACCGAUGGUGAUGACUGGCAGCAGUAUCCACUCGCUGACCACCAGUGGCGAACGUGAGCAUGGUCCACGCUCCCUAAACACAAGUGGCAGCAACAACAACAACAACUCAUAUACAUUAUCAUCAUCAUCAACGCAAUCAAUACAAUCAACACAAUCAACGACAAUGUCAACAUCACCAACAACGCCCUACUCACCGAUGAACAUGGGCAAGCUACCAUCACUGUCCAGCUCUGGAUCGGCCCACUCACAACACUCUUCCUACACGCCACUGGCAUCAUUUUCCUCGAUUCUCUCGCUUACAUCACCAACAUCCUCACCACUGAUCACAUCACUUCCCUCAUCGCCUUCGGCCAGUUACCUAAGUCCACCCAUUGAAACCUUUUCCAGUUCGCCAUCCAAUCGAUACAAUCUGAUAGGUGUCAAUGGCAAGACAACUGGAAAGUGA